AUGGCUCACGUGCUGGCCGUCUGCUUCCUCGCCGCCUUUGCCAGGGUGGCUUUCGGUCAGUUUGAGGGGUGGGUUGAGGAUCAAGUCAAUGCUUCGAUGUGUCUAUGGGCGCAACCAAGAGGUGCCGUUAUCAGAGACACGGUGUACCUCGACGGUGGCUUUCUGUACUGGAGCCAAGGGCUUUCGAAUGGAGAAUAUGGAGCCCCAGAACAACAAGAAAACCCCCUCGGCCUCAUGUAUACUCUCAACUUCAGCCGCUCGUUUCAGUCGUCUGACAACUUGACGGCGCUCUUCGGGACGAUAUCCAAAGCCCGCGGCGGUAUCGGCAACGCCAACAACGACGCACCCAACUAUUAUGACGGAGCCAUGCUCGUGAACGACGCUCAGUUGUCGCUGUACGGAGGCUUGGUCAAGAAGACGGAUGCCUUUCCACCCCCUCGCGCAGAUGACGCCCUGACCUACCAGGCUUGCCAAUACGGGCCCGUACGGGAUCAGUUCGAACCAGGCUUCGUCUCAAACACGCUUCCGGUUGGUAUGACGCGGUACGUUGCGUAUGGUGGAGCAGUCAGCGCACCGUCCGAGAACAUGGCAUGGUAUUUCGGCGGACUUCGAGCACCAAACUGGGGGCCCGUGUUCCAACGAAAUACGAACCUCACAGAGAAUGCUCUCAACACCUCGAAUACCCUUCUCACUCUGGACAUGGCGACCCAGACGGGCCUUGUGUGGACGAAUAAUACCUUGCCGGGUGGGGUGAAAAGCAGGGCGAACCCUGAGGUGGUCUGGGUUCCCGUGGGUGAACAGGGCAUCCUGGUGGUUAUCGGAGGGGUCACCUACCCCGACUGGUUGACAAGCACCCGCAAGUCGGAGAAUCCAAACCGAAGCAGAGAGGAAGGCGACGAGUUCAUGAGUACGAUAGAAAUCUAUGAUAUCGCCAAUGACACCUGGUACAGACAAGCCACUUCGGAGGCCCCGACGGCGCGCACGCGAGCAUGUGCCGUGGUGGCUUCAGCUCAAGACCGGUCCAGCUUCAACAUUUAUUACUAUGGAGGCUAUCCCGGCGUGGAUCCCAAGGUGGAGAUGAACGAUGAGGUCUGGGUCCUGUCCCUUCCCUCCUUCACCUGGACCAUGCUCAGUGAGGGUAAGCCGGGUCGUGGUCGGAACGGACAUAAAUGUUUUAUGCCCUAUCCCGACCAGAUGAUGGUCAUUGGCGGAAUGACCUCCGAGGCUGGCGAUAACCUUGAAUGCCUUACCGGUCUCAUCCAGAUCUACAACCUGACGAGUGGCCAGUGGAUGGAUGGCUAUGACCCGGAGAGGUACGCUGAUUACGGUGUUCCCACGGCCGUCAGGGAAGUCAUCGGCGGCAGUGCUGCAGGAGCGGCUACCUUGACGACUCCGAGCCCGUCAGGAUGGUCGGACGACAAACUGGCCGACGUCUUCGCAACGCCAUACUCGACGUCGAAAAUCCAAACUUGGUAUCCCUAUCAAAGAGUGACCGAGGCCAGCCAACCGACAGUUGAGCCUGGGGGCGAUGGAAAGAACGCCAGCGACGAUUCUGGGGGCGGCGGUGGCAUGCCGAAAUGGGUCGGACCAACUCUUGGUGCUGUCCUCGGGUUUGUCUUCCUGGUUGCGUUUCUCGCAGGCUUCUGCCUCUGGCGCAGGCGAAAGCUUCGCCAUCAAGGCGCUCGCACCGAGUAUAACGGCACCCGCAUUCUGUCCUGGAUCAGGGGCCAGCCAACGGAAGACAAAGCUCUCACCCUCACUACGUUAGAAGAGUUGCCCUCCAACGCUGACACAGUGGUGGGGCAUGCAGCAAGCUCUCCUUCAGUCCCAAUUCUGCCUGUCGUAUCACAGUCUGAAAUGAUGGACACCACAAUCGCAGAGCUACCUGAUACCUCAAUGCCCCCCGAGCUCUUUGAUACAGGCCUUACCCCCAUGGAGGUGAUUGACAAGCACACGCAUUUCGGCAACUCAUCUUACCCCACGUCCAUCCAACCGACAUACCAUUAUAGCUCCGUCUCGGACAACGAUAUUUUGUCCGCCUCCCGUUCAUCAGGUGUCCUUGGCCCCUACUCCCUCGCCGACUCCCCAACCCGUGACGUUGUCAGUCCCAUUGACGCUCCCGACCCGGCCGUCGGAAUGAGGGAUCGCAUAUUGUCCGUCGUCUCCGGCAUGAGCGACCGCGACACUGGCCAUCUCCGCCAAAUCAGCGAAGCCACCGUCAGUGCAGCGUCCGACGCCGGCAACUCCUCGCCCGCGACCAUUAUUUCUCCUCUCGAUGUGUCGGCUGCCCGUACCACAAUGUCAAUUCCGACCCCAAUCAGCCCACCCACGGCGGGUUUGUCAUUUGAGGACGAGGGCGACAGGUGUUCGUCAGCGUUCGGCGGGAGGCAGAUCCAUGACGUAGUUUCGGCGUUCGAGCCCAAGGUCCAGAACUAG